AGUCAUCGUCAAGUCUGGCGCAUACGAUGAAAACUCAUGAGUAAGGAGAACGCGUGUGCUAUGGUGCCGAUCGGCUGUGUAAAAUCCGCAGAGAAAGUAGUGUUUAGUUAGUAUUUCUACCAAGGGUGGAAAUUUUAACACGGGGUGGAAUUUAGGACACACCCCACACGUAGUACUUCAUUUCAACGCGUAUUUUGAUCUACGAUAGCGUGCGUUUAUCUGUCGUUGUCGACUCUUCGAUGUGAGGGUGAAACAAAAUUUGACAGUUCCCAGAAGUGUAUGAUAUUUAAAAUAAAAAAGUGAUUAAAAGCCUUCGAUUUGGUAAUUUAUCACUUUUAGAUAAAAGAUUAAUGGAAACGGGUCGUUAUAGACCCGACCUGCCGGGUAUAACAAGUAUUCAAACUGGAACUAAUGGAAUUAGAAAACAUAGUUGCAAAUACCGUUUAUUUAAAAGCAAGAGAGGGUGGAUCCGAUACUAAUAAGGGCAAAAGUAAAAAGUGGAGGAAAAUACUACAGUUUCCACAUAUCUCACAGUGUAUUGACCUUAUCAACAAAAUAGAUGUUCGGUACGAAUACAUCGUAGAUCAACAACCGAUCGGAAAACUUUUAUUCGAUCAAUUUUGCGAGCAAAAAGGUCCCACUUAUCACCGUUGUCUUAGAUUUUUAGAUGCCGCUAAACGAUAUGAAGUCGAAACGGACGAACAGCGCUUCGAAUUGGCCAAGGCCAUCAAAAAAGAAUUCAUGGUCGAACAAGAAGGACAACAGAGUAUUUCCCUACCAGAGCUGGGCGUCAUCUUCCCAGCCAGCGACAAACUCACCAACGGCCAUAAAGAUUUGUUUGCAUCGUGCGUUAAAGCCGUCAAAGACAGCCUCGCCGGAGAGCCGUUUCGAGAGUUUACAACCUCCAUGUAUUUCCAUAGGUAUUUGCAAUGGAAAUGGUUGGAAUCCCAACCAAUCACCUACAAGACUUUCCGGAUGUAUAGGGUGCUCGGAAAAGGAGGAUUCGGAGAAGUUUGUGCGUGCCAGGUCAGGGCAACGGGCAAAAUGUACGCUUGUAAAAAAUUGGAAAAGAAAAGGAUAAAGAAACGAAAGGGGGAGGCGAUGGUACUCAUUGAAAAACAAAUUUUACAAAAGAUUAAUUCUCGUUUCGUAGUUAGUUUGGCUUACGCUUAUGAAACAAAAGAUGCUUUAUGUCUUGUUUUAACCAUUAUGAAUGGGGGCGAUUUGAAAUUCCAUAUUUAUAAUAUGGGAGGUGAACCCGGACUCGAUUUAACUAGGUCCAGGUUUUAUGCUGCCGAAGUCGUGUGCGGUUUAGAUCAUCUCCAUCAGCAGGGCAUUGUAUAUAGAGAUUGUAAACCAGAAAAUAUACUCCUCGACGAUGCUGGUCACGUGAGGAUCUCAGAUUUAGGCUUAGCAGUAGAUAUACCAGAAGGGGAAUCCGUUAGAGGGAGAGUUGGAACCGUUGGCUAUAUGGCACCAGAAGUUAUAGAUAAUGAAAGGUACACCUACAGCCCUGACUGGUUCAGUUUCGGAUGCCUCCUCUACGAGAUGAUCGAGGGUCAGGCACCAUUUAGGGCUCGAAAAGAAAAAGUAAAACGAGAAGAGGUCGAUAGACGAGUGAAAAACGAUCAAGAAAAAUACUCGAAUAAAUUCAGCGAAGAUGCCAAAUCACUGUGCCAACAACUAUUAGCGAAGAAUCCACAGCAGAGACUAGGAGGUAAAGCCGGAAGGAGCGGUGCUUGUUCGGUUAAACAACAUCAGUUUUUCAAUUCGCACAUCAAUUGGAGACGAUUGGAGGCCGGCAUGAUCGAUCCGCCAUUUGUUCCAGACCCUCAUGCGGUGUACGCCAAAGAUGUUUUAGACAUUGAACAGUUUUCUACAGUGAAAGGUGUGAAUAUAGACGAAAGUGACGCUAGUUUUUACAGUAAAUUCAAUACGGGUUGUGUUUCGAUACCGUGGCAAACCGAAAUGAUCGAAACCGAUUGUUUCAGACAGUUGAAUAUAUUCGGACCCAACAGUUCGAGAACGCCUGAUCUAGUUCUACAACCAGUGGCUGUUUCGGAAAAUGAGGGCUGUUUCCCUUUUAGGCGGAAGAAAAAACAGCUACCUAGAACUCAACCGAUACCCAUCAACCCUACAUUGUUACCUCAAACUGAUAGUGAGAGAUGAUAGCCAGAAUGAGUUAAAUCUCACAAACCAUCUAUAUCUCUCUUUUUUGGACUUCGGAGCCCUAUUUAACGGUUGAUGUUCGACUGCAAGGAAGUUUGAAAAAAACGUAUAGUUGAGACGACUAUGGAAGAAAAUUACUGUUAAAUUUAUUAAAUUUUUAUAAAAAAUACCUUUAGUCUAAGGUCAUUUGAACAAAAUUGUUUGUUAAUGAAUUUAGAUCGAAGAGUAAAAUUUUCUUUUCAUGUUCAAGAUGUGAGAAAGGGUCAGUACAAUUUUGCUACUCCAAACUACCUAUGAUACUAGUCGUGGAGAUGGGGUGAACCACCAUCCAUUCAUUAAUAUAUUGAGUAUUUUUUACUAUCUGAAAAAAAUUAAUUCAAUACCAAAAAUUUCAGUAUUGAACUUGAAUUUUUGAAUUUAUUAGUUAACUAAAUAUAUCUUUUUUUUACUCCCUGAACACAACCACUUUACCAAUUCUCAUAAUUUGGUCCUUUGAGCCGGGUAUGAACCACCGACUUAUACAAUUGUCGAAGGACUAGACUGAUAAUAGUGAGUGCUAGUGUGGAUGUAUUUAAUUAUCACUAUAAAAUUCGAAACCCGCCAUAAUUUAUGAUAAUACAUCACUCUUAUGUCCUGUUUCUUCUUAUUUUAUUUUCUUAUUUCUUUUGGGCUUCGAAUUGAGACUCUUUGUGUCCUCUUUUAACCCAUUGUCUCCAUAAUUUUCUAUCUCUAGUAAAUAUUUUCUUUUUAUUUAGAGUUUUUCCUUUAUUUCGUCAAAUUUCCUCUAUUCUGGUCAAUCCAUUGUCUUCCUGUUGUUUCUCUUUGCUUUUUUAUUGUUGUUACCCAUUUCCCAACAUUUACCGUGAUGGAAAAGUUGAUAAAGAACGUGGGAUAGAGAAUUUUAAUUAUAAAAUCCAAAGCAUACCAUAAAUUAUGGUACUACAUCACUCUUAUGUUCUAUUUCUUGUUUUAUCUUCUUAUACCUUUGGGCUUCGAAUUUAGACCCUUUGUGUCCUUUUUCAACGCAUUUUCUCCAUAAUUUUCUAUCUCUAGUAAAUACUUUUAUUAAGUCCAAUAUUCUCUAUUCUAGUCAAUCAAAACUACACUGAUUACAAAAAUUCAAUUUCGAAACUGAAUUUGUAAAAUUCCUGGAUUUAAUUUCUACUUGAAAGUACUCUAAUUGUAGAAAAAUCCUAUUUAUCUCCAUGGUUGCAAUUAGAGCAAAAUUAUUUUGAAAUUAUGUGACCCAUUUUUGUUAAUUAUUAGUAUCUGAUUGUAAAAAUGCAUUUUAUAAAAGCAAAAAUUUUGGAGAAUACGUACAAUUUUUACUUUUGACAAUGCACAAUUUUCAAAAUGCACAAAAAAUAUCGUUUUUUUAUUAUAACCUAUUUCUCAAAAAAAAAUUGGACAAAUUUCAAUUUUACCAGAAGUUUUAAGUUUAUAAUAAGUUGAAAAAAUCUAUUUUUCAUUUACAAUUAACUUUUUGAUUAUUUUUGUAUCUUUUUUUGUUAAAAAAAUUUUCUACAUCACCAGGUACAUUACGUCGUAUUUUUCCCAUUUGAAAAUUUUUCUACCUAAAAACAAGAUUUUUCCUCAUCUUCUUUAACUAUACUCCAUUAUUUCUUGAACCUUUUCUAUUUUUACUUUAUUUUUGUCGUUUUUUUUUUUCAAUUCUAACUAAUCCUUGUUGAUUAAUUAAGUCUCCCUAGUUAUUAUUGAUAGACAUUUUCAAUAAUAUUAAGAAGGAAAAUUUUCAUUACAGCAUUGCCACAUAGUGGAAUUGUAUCAAAAAAGGAGUGUUUUACUGUUGGAAAAGCUUUUAUGUAAAGAGAACACAAGGAAAAAGUAAUAGAAAGGAAAUAUGAUGCCAAAUCUAAAUUACAAGAAUCAAUAAUAAUUGAUAAAUGAAAUAGAAAAAUUUAUUAUCUGGGAUAAAAUGGAGUCAAAUAAUAAAAAUUUCAAAAAGAAAAUUGAAAAUAUAGAAUGGACGCUAAUGGAAAUAGAAAACUACAAUAAAAAUUGUAUCAGAUGGAAAAUCAAUUAAUUUUCGAUCUAAUAAAGAAGAGUUUUUUCUUCGUUACAAUCAGUCCAAUGGUUUUUAGUCUUUUCUAUGCAAUUUUUAUGAAACGAUUUGUAUAAAUUUCCAUUCAUUUGCUAUUUUUUCCAAUGGGUACUUUCAUCGAAUUUUGAACCGAUGUAUUUUUUGCCGAAAUAAGUCGUGUGUAUAAAAAAUACGGAAACCAUAAACUUUCCAGGCGAUUUUUACGUUUUUUAUCCCAGUCUAGUCCACUCAGGUGAUUGACGUUUUGAUUCAGGUGUGUAGUGGUGACAUAUCAACGCAAAAAUUCGCAAACACCGUCAUUUUUUGGUACUCAAAUGCUGAUUUGAAUUGUUGUCAAACAAUUCCAAAUGAUACUUAUUCCUCAUUUUCAUGUUCAAGUCUUUUUUAUAUUUUUUAGUCGUUCUGAUCGUUGGAACUUCAUCGAUGCUUGUACUUUGAACUCCGUACCAGUUAAUAGGGGGUUGAUUUUGUUGAAGAAAAGUCACCAUAAUACUUUUCUAUCCAUACUUUUGGCUCAACAAUUGGAAAACAAUGAUUAAUUCAUAGUUGAUUUAUUUUUUUUUUAUUUUACAAAAUACUUUAUGGGAAAGACAAAAAUAUGUUUAAUAGGGAUAUAGUGGUUGAAUAAUUCAAUAGAUAAAAUUAAUAUUAUAUUUUUGGAAAUGUCCCAAAGAAAAUAUUUGAUUUAACAAAAAAAGAAUACAAAAAUAAAUAGCAUUGAAUAUGAAUUAUUGGAAAACGUUUACAUCACAAUAAAUAAUAAUUGAAAAAAAUAUAAGUAUUUCUCCACUUAUGACAUUAAAUAUGUACCGGGGGAGUAUACAAAUUAAGGUACCUUGCAGGUUUGUGUAUUUCGAUGAAACUUUGAAGAAUAAACGGAAUGUAAUUUUUGUAACACUUGGCUCAUUUUGUAUCGACUGUAAAUGCAUAAUUAUCAUCAAAAUUCGUGGCAUUAACAUUUGAUUUUAGCUCAAAUUUUAGUAUAUUGACAAAGUAUUUUUUAUUAUUUGUUUUUAAUGCUGGUUAAGUACAAAAUAUCAAAAUCUUGUCUUUAUUUUUACAUAUACGUUUCUAUGUAUUUAAAUUUAUUGCUCAAAUUUUCUUUUUAUACUUAAGACCUAAUUGAUUUUGUUUAAAGUAAAAUUCUUGUUACGAAUGUCGAUAUUUCAUUCCACAAUCACAAUUUUGUGUAAAAAAAAGUGUCUAAAAUUGAUGUCAUUGAAAAAAGAUCAUUAUAUUGUUUAAUUUA